GAGUCCUCAGUCCUCACUCAAAGAGAAAAUGGCAGUGGAGAUCCUCGAGUCUUGCAUGGUGACGCCCAGCGAGGCGACGCCGAAACAAGCGGUGUGGCUUUCCAACCUCGACCUGCUGGUGGCCAGGGGCCACACGCCCACCGUCUACAUCUACCGGCCAAGCUCCGGCCAUGCCUCUUUCUCGCCGGACGUCCUCAAAGCCACGCUGUCCAGGGCGCUCGUCCCAUUCUAUCCACUUGCCGGCCGGCUCGCGCAGGAUGACGCCGGCCGCCCGGAGAUCAGCUGCAGCGGUGAAGGGGUCCUCUUCGUCACUGCGCGGGUGGACUCCACGCUCGACGUCCUCGGCGACUUCGCCCCGUCCGAGGAGCUGCGGCGGACGCUUGUCCCCUCGGCCGAUGCCAGCGGCCUCGCCGGCAUCUUGGCUAUGUUUCAGGUGACAUUCUUCAAGUGCGGCGGGGUGUGCCUGGGCGUGGCCAUCCACCACACGGCGGCGGACGGCCUCGCGGCGCUCGAUUUCGUGAACGCGUGGGCUGCCAUCACGAGGGGCGACGUUGGCGUGCCCGGCGCGAGCCCCUGCCUCGACCGCACGCUCCUCCGCGCGCGCUCCCCUCCCUCCGUGCUCUUCGACCACGCCGAGUACUCCCGGCGCGGCGGCGGCGAGUCGAAGCCCCGAGCCCCGUUCGGCUCCGCCAUCCUCCCCAUGUCCAAGAACCAGAUCGACGCGCUCAAGGACGGCGCCGGUCAGGGCAAGAGGCUCUCCACGUUCAAGGUCGUGGUGGCCCACGUGUGGCGGUGCGCGUGCAAGGCGCGCGGGCUCGCGGCGACGGAGGACACCCAGCUGUACACGACGGCGGACGCGCGCACCCGCGUCCACCCGCCGCUCCCAUGUGGCUACUUCGGCAACGCCAUCUUCCGCGCGUCGGCGGCGACCAAGGUCGGCGACGUCGCCUCCGGGCCGCUGGACGCCGUCGCGGAGAAGGUCACCGGCGCGACCGCCCGGCUGGACGACGAGUACGUGCGGUCGCUGCUGGACCACCUGGAGCUGCAGGCGGCGGACGCGUCGGGGCUGCGCAAGGGGGAGUGGGUCAUGCCGGAGAGCGACCUGUGGGUGAUAAGCUGGCAGGGGCUGCCGGUCUACGGCGCGGACUUCGGCUGGGGGCGGCCGGCGUUCAUGGGCAGGGCCUGCCUCCAGUUCGGCGGCCUCGUGUACCUCGUGCCUGGCCCCGACGACGACGGCCGGCUCGACGUCGUGGUGGCCAUGGAGCCCGAGAGCCUGGCCAGGUUCAGGGAGGUGUUCUACCAGGAGCUCAUGCACUACUAGUCCGUCCGUUCUCCUGCAGAUUUUUCGCACGUAAAAACUAAAAACCCGUUCUCUCACUGUUUCACGUCGUGCCAGAACGGACCGUCGAUCUGCAGGUCAGCUAGCUAGAUGUAUCUGUAUGGCGUCGUCAUUUUAUGUGGGAUUGAUAGAUAGGCUACAAGUCUCGGUGUGCUACUUGUCGCUUGCAUGCAUGGUGUUCAUGAGAAGUUGUGUCACUACACGUACGUGCAUCAGGAGCUUAUGGCCCUGUUUGGUUCAACUUUUCUCGAUGGAUU